AUGUUCUGGGUGCUCCCCCCGGUGACCCCCUGUGUCCCAGGGGGGUGUUGCCCCUGCCUGCCCCCCCCAAACCCCCCCUCCUGGCUGGGGUGUCCCCAGGAGUACCUGGACUUCCGCAAGGAGAGGAGCCGGAUGCUGCUGUCCCGCAGGAACCAGCUGCUGCUGGAGUUCAGCUUCUGGAACGAGCCCCUGCCCCGCCGAGGACCAAACAUCUACGAGCUGAGGACCUACAAGCUGAAGCCAGGGACCAUGAUUGAAUGGGGAAAUAACUGGGCUCGGGCCAUCAAGUACAGGCAGGAGAACCAGGAGGCUGUGGGUGGGUUUUUCUCCCAGAUUGGGGAGCUCUACGUCGUCCACCACCUCUGGGCCUACAGGGACCUGCAGUCUCGGGAGGAGACCAGGAAUGCAGCCUGGAGGAAGAGGGGUUGGGAUGAGAAUGUCUAUUACACUGCUUUGGCACGAUGA